UUUGUAUGAAAAAGAGGCCUUUUUGAGGUUAACUCACCAUCAUCAUGAGCUGGGGUGAGAAGCUCUGGGACAAGUUUGACAUUGUGGAAAAGCACACGGAAAAGGGUAUUCAAUUUUCACGCCGUGUAGUCCAAUUCUUCGAAGAGUAUGCUACGAAGAAACGUGAACACGCACAGCAAAUGCGGAAACUAGUGAAACAAUACAACGUAAACUACAAAAAGGGCAACGCCACCAGCAUCGCCGGCAAAAAGGCGGGAAAAGAGGGGGCCAAAGACUAUUCGUACGAGUCUGCGUUUUAUGUCAUGUUGGAACAUGUGAAUGAAAUGGCGACGCUCGAAGAAACAAUGGCGAGUGAUUUGGAAGAUAAAAUAAUCCUGACUGCGAAGCACCGACACAAUGAUUUCAUGUCUAAACGCAAACAGUUUCUCUCUGCAGGCAGAGACCACAACGUCAGACUUUCGAACUCGAUGAAAUUCCUGGAAACGGCCGAGAAUAAUUUCAAAAAAGCAUGCAAAGCACGCGACGAAGCCCAGGCCGCGUUUACAAAAGCAGACAAAGAUAUGAAUGUAACAAAAGCGCUGGUCGCGAAAUGUGAGCAGACGCUGAAAACGAAAACAGAGUUGAUGGAAAGCUCGAAGCAAGAGUAUCUGCUGCAGUUGAAGCAGACGAACGAAGCACAGCGCAGUCAUUUUUUCGAACAGAUGCCGCUAGUUUUCACAGACUUGGAACACUUGGACACGGAUCGAAUCCAGGACCUGCAGGCGUUGAUUCAUGACUUCGCUAGCCUGCAUGAAAACUAUCAGCCCCUGAUUGAGAAGUGUCUGGUGGGAGUGCACAGGUGUGCGGCGGAUGAGGUGAAGGUGGAGGAGGAUCUGCAGCUGGUGGUGAUGCGACACGAGAGCAUCGAGUUCCCACCAGGCGACAAGCUAUUCGUCGACUACUCAAACCCCAACGCAAUACACGAAGCCCCGAGCAAUAUUUCACCUGCGUCCUCUCAUAGACCACAAGCCCCGCCACCCAGAUCAGCUAGAUCUCAAACUGCAUCCUCUACUCUGUCCUCACUGGAAGGAAACAACAACAUCAGUCCCACUUCCACCCAGAGCCACCCGACCACAGCUGCUGCUGCAGGCGAGGAUGCAGGAGACGCUACCAAUUCCUCGAACUCCUCCUGCACCUACUCCUCCUCCGCCACCGCCGCCUCAGCCGACCCCAAAAGUGUGACAUUAGCUCCCUCUCAGAACCAAGGCAAAGAUAAAGAGAAGAAAAAACGAGGACGCUUCCUGUCUUUCAUGUCCAAAAAGUCCAAAACAUUCAACUCGAACGAACAAUCCAAUCUGGCUCAAGACUUUCCGGAUAUACCAUAUGUAAACGAAGUUCCGCCGCAGCAGCGAGUGAAAACAGAAGCAAAAAUAGUUGAACUGGAACGAGAAAUAGAAAAGUUAGAGCGAGAACGUGAGGGAAUGUUGAAGCUCAAGAUAUCCUACACGAAUAACACGGCAUAUGGUGAUCCAAAGAGUCUGGAACCCAAAAUAGCCAAGGUCGGCCAGGAGCUGGACGUGAGAAGGAUGGAGUUGAAAAGGUAUACAGAGUUCCUGACUGCAAUCUCUACUGGAGUUGUGAGGCCCUUGAGAGCUAAUAGUUCGGCUGCCCAGAACAGGAUAUCGAAAGGGGACUAUCAAGGGGGAGGAGAGUAUGGCGACCCUAGCAACUGCUACACAGGAGGCGGAACAGCGCCAAACAAUCUUCGUUCAAAUACCAUGGCAGGCUGUAUUGACCUGGAAGUGGGAUCCCACCAGUCCCACAUCUCCCACUCCUCCGAGGACUUCGACUACUACGACGACGAUGACGGAACCUACUCAGAGAUCCCAGAACCAGCUGUCGGCAUGGAGAUGUACCGCAGCGCCAACAAUGGUCUCGAGUUACUCAAAAAGUGCAAAGUGAUUUACAGCUAUGAGAAGAGCACAGACGCCGCACUGUCCAUACACGAAGGCGAAGUGUUGGAUGUUAUCGAGACAGAGGAUGAAAAUAAUGAUGGCUGGACGAAAGUUAGAAGAAACUUGGACGACAUAAUAGAGGAGGGUUAUGUUCCGACUAGUUACAUUAAAUCAAUAUUAGACUACCCCUCGUCAGGAUCCCAUUCACCCGUGCCGCCCCAACAGCCGAUCCCCACCUCUUCACCCCCCGUCACUUGACUUCUGUUCACAUUUGAUGGGGGGUGGGCAAGGGGACUUGGUUGUUGCAGACAGACAAAACUUAAUAAUCAGAAUAGCACCGAAUAAUUGUGUAAUAAAUUAUUUAACAAUUCCUCUUCUCGUCCUAACUCUCUUCUUAACCUUUCGUCUCGGAUGAUGCUGCUCGAAUAGCACAAUUGGAAUAAUCACACAAUGCCUUCGCUAGAUGGCUUAUCAUAAAGAAUGCUCAGUCUGUUCGUUUACAAUUCGUCUUAUUUGUUAUUUAUUCGGUAUUUCUGGAAUUUAUUUUCUUGGUUCGAAAAACUUUCGUGACAUCGUCUCAAAUAUGUUCUGAAAUUAGUGGAUAAAAAUGAGAGACUAUGUUUUCGAAGUUUUUUAUGCAAUUCCUGAAUUAGAAGUUGCUUUGCAAUAUUAGAGAAUGACUUUAUCUUUUAUAUUUCAAUUUCCGCCUGAGUUUUGUACUUCUAUUUUGCUCUCUCAUGCCUGCCUAGCUACUUUGGGUCAAAAAAUAAAUUAUAAAUUUAUAUUAUUUAUAUCAAUUCGAAAUCUGUUCGCCACCCCAUCCAAACCAAAGUUUUCAAGUCGACCGUAUCCUAGAUCGAAUUUACGACGCCCUCAGUCGAGCAAUAAUAAGUGGAGUGCCUGCCAGUAUAAAUAAUUUUUCUGUGUUCCGAUUGUACAGUUAACCUGCAGGACAAUGCAUUCAAAUAAGAGGUACUUUAUCCAUGUUGGUCUCAAAUAAAUUGGAUCUACUUGUCAUAACUCUUUUACCACCCCACUAAAACACUCUCGCCCAAUGGUCAAUGGUAUAUAUUCAAUCCUCAUAUGCUAUUGAUAAUGAUAUUCAAGUUGUUAAUUCAGUAUACUAUCCUUUCUUAUAAAUGGGGUGGUGGAUAUUCAUUAUGUAGAUCCCAUAUUUUUGUCCCGGUACCAUCAAUUCGCCCGGUCAGCUAUGACUGAAAUUUCGUCUAAUGUUCAAUUUAAGUCUAUUUUAGAGUAUUUUUAAUUACUCGGGUAUCCUUAAAGUUUCCAAGUUUCUAAUUGAUCAUAUAGAGAUUGAAACAGUUCUGACCAGACAAUGUACUUAAUGGUAUUCAUCUUUGAAAGAAAAAACGGUCAUUAGUUCUAUUUUUGUCAGGGUUCAAACCAGUCCAAAUUAUCGGAUCAGACUUUGAUGUCAGUGGAGUACAGUCCACUUGCGGUCAAUUGCGAGCUAGUCCCAACCCCGGCCUUUUCUCUUCAUCUAGAUGUGCUUAUCAGUCUAUGUUGCUUGUGUUAGUUUCUCUAGUACACUUCUCAGUACAUACUCACAGAGAAAAAAUUAACUUGUCAUUUUAACAACAUAAUCAUAGAACAUAAUGUCAAUAUUAGCUCCACAAUUUUUGGUAUCCACAAGAACUACGCACUCAAAGUAAUUGAAUUUUAAUAUUGUAUUUAAUUCUAGAACUUAAGUUUGGGAACUAUCGGGGAUCUUUAGUCCAUAAUGUGCAACCGUCAGAACUUCAGAAGAAAGUUGUGUGGUUAAAAUGACGCGUAAUAUGGUGCUUAUCAUCUGCUAAACAGCUGCAAUAGAUCAUCAGUUUAGACAACGUUAUCUUCACUUUCGCCCCUUCUUCAUUGACUAUGAAUUGCAGCUCAACUGCAGUGUUUUGCAGUAUUUGAACAUGAAAAGGGGCGGUUUGGGUGGUGGUAGGGGGGUUUGGGAAAGUUUAGUUAAAUCAAGAAUGA